AUCGUGGGCAACUCUAGCGAGAUGUCGCUGGGAAGCGACGGCCUGGACAAACAGGACUUCCUGCUGCUGCCCGUGCCGCCCAAGGUGGACUUGGUCACCAUGAACGAGACCGACCCCAAGAGCAUCAUCAACCGCAUCUGCAUGCUCAUGCAGCGGAACUGGCUUCAGGGCGUCGUGUUCGGCGACGACACCGACCAGGAGGCCAUCGCCCAAAUCCUGGACUUCAUCUCCGCCCAGACGCACAUCCCCAUCCUGGGCAUCCGGGGGGGGUCCUCCAUGAUCAUGGCUGCCAAGGAUGACAACUCCAUGUUCUUCCAGUUCGGCCCCUCCAUCGAGCAGCAGGCCUCAGUGAUGCUCAACAUCAUGGAGGAGUACGACUGGUACAUCUUCUCCAUUGUCACCACCUACUACCCCGGGUACCAGGACUUUGUCAACAGGAUCCGCAGCACCAUAGAGAACAGCUUCGUGGGCUGGGAGCUGGAGGAGGUGCUGCUCUUGGACAUGUCGGUGGAUGAUGGCGACUCCAAGAUCCAGGACAAGCUGAAGAAGCUGCAGAGCCCUGUCAUCCUGCUCUACUGCACCAAGGAGGAGGCCACCACCAUCUUUGAGGUGGCGCACUCCGUAGGGCUCACCGGCUACGGUUACACCUGGAUCGUACCAUCGCUGGUGGCGGGGGACACCAAUAAUGUGCCUGCGGUGUACCCGACAGGUAUGAUCACGGUGUCGUAUGACGAGUGGGACUACGGGCUGGAGGCGCGAGUGCGUGACGGGGUGGCCAUCAUCGCCAAGGCGACCUCGCGCAUGAUGCUGGACCGCGGCUCCACCACGCUGCUCAAGUCCAGCUGCCAGGACACGUCCAGCAAGAAGGGUGCCAAGACCGGCAACUCCAAUCGCGUUCUCAGGUACCUGAUGAAUGUGACCUUCGAAGGGAACCUGUCCUUCAGUGAGGAUGGCUAUCAGAUGCACCCAAAGCUGGUCAUCAUCCUUCUGGACAAGGAGAGGCAGUGGGACAAGGUGGGUAAGUGGGAGAACGGCUCGCUGAGUAUGAAGUAUCACGUGUGGCCGCGUUUCGAGCUGUACUCGGGCGGGGAGGAGCGCGAUGACCACCUGAGCAUCGUCACGCUGGAGGAGGCGCCCUUCGUCAUCGUGGAGGACGUGGACCCGCUCAGUGGCACCUGCAUGCGCAACACCGUGCCCUGCCGCAAGCAGCUCAAGUUCAUUAACCCAGCCCGGCCUCAGGGGAUCUACAUCAAACGCUGCUGCAAGGGAUUCUGCAUUGACAUCCUCAAGAAGAUCGCCAAGUCUGUCAAGUUCACCUACGACCUGUACCUGGUGACCAACGGCAAGCACGGCAAGAAGAUCAACGGCACCUGGAACGGCAUGGUUGGAGAGGUAAACACUGUGUCGGCUCACAUGGCGGUGGGCUCGCUCACCAUCAACGAGGAGAGGUCAGAGGUCAUUGACUUCUCCGUGCCCUUCAUCGAGACGGGCAUCAGCGUCAUGGUCUCCCGGAGCAACGGCACAGUCUCACCCUCCGCUUUCCUCGAGCCCUUCAGUGCGGACGUGUGGGUGAUGAUGUUUGUCAUGCUGCUGAUUGUGUCGGCGGUGGCCGUCUUUAUAUUUGAGUACUACAGUCCGGUCGGGCUUCCAACAUGCCUACCGCCAGAUGGGCGAGAGCCUGGGGGUCCCUCGUUCACCAUUGGCAAGGCCAUCUGGCUGCUGUGGGGUCUGGUGUUCAACAACUCCGUGCCGGUGCAGAACCCCAAGGGCACCACCAGCAAGAUCAUGGUGUCCGUCUGGGCCUUCUUCGCCGUCAUCUUCCUGGCCAGCUACACGGCCAACCUGGCCGCCUUCAUGAUCCAGGAGGAGUACGUGGACCAGGUGACCGGCCUCAGCGACAAGAAGUUCCAACAACCGAACACCUUCUCCCCCCCGUUCCGCUUCGGGACGGUGCCCAACGGCAGCACGGAGAGAAACAUCCGGAACAACUACGUGGAGAUGCACGGCUACAUGACCAGCUUCCACCAGAAGAACGUGGACGAGGCGCUGCACAGUCUGAAGUCGGGGAAGCUGGACGCGUUCAUCUACGACGCGGCGGUGCUGAACUACAUGGCGGGGCGGGAUGAGGGCUGUAAGCUGGUGACCAUCGGGUCCGGCUACAUCUUCGCCACCACGGGCUACGGCAUCGCCAUCCAGAAGGACUCGGGCUGGAAGAGGCAGGUGGACCUGGCCAUCCUCGCCCUCUUUGGAGACGGUGAGAUGGAGGAGCUGGAGUCCCUCUGGCUGACGGGCAUUUGCCACAACGAGAAGAACGAGGUCAUGAGCUCGCAGCUGGACGUGGACAACAUGGCCGGCGUCUUCUACAUGCUGGCGGCCGCCAUGGUGCUCUCGCUGCUCACCUUCAUCGCCGAGCACCUCUUCUACUGGCAGCUGCGCUUCUGCUUCAUGGGCGUGUGCUCCGGCCAGCCCGGCCUCACCUUCUCCAUCAGCAGGGGCAUCUACAGCUGCAUCCACGGCGUUCAGAUCGAGGAGGAGAAGAGCUCUGCGCUGCACUCGCCCUCGGCCACCAUGAACGCCAGCAUGAGCAACACGCACUCCAACAUCCUGCGCCUGCUGCGCACCGCCAAGAGCAUGACCUCGGUGCCCGGCGUCUAACGGGUUUCCAUCGGCCGCAUCUCGACCCGACCGCGCCGCCCACAGCCGCACCGCUGAAGUCCUCCAUCUGACGCCGCUGAGCACCGCCGCAGCCUCGGCCCAGGGGUCGUCGGGGUCGGGGUCGGCGGGCACCCCGACUGCAAGCCCCCGCCGCCCUACCUACCCGAGGACGGCCUGUUCGCCGACGUGGACCGGACUUUCGGCAACCUCCACCUGAAGGACACCAACCUGUACCAGGACCACUACCUGCAGCACCACCACCACCACCACCACCACCACCACCAGGGGCUGCAGGGGCAGCCGCAGCAGCAGCAGCAGGGUUCGGUCGGGGGCCCGGCCGGCCUGCCUCUGGGUAUGUCGGCUCCCCUGGCCCUCGCGCGGCCGCAUAGCUUAGGCAGCACCACCUCGCUGGAUGGGGGAGGCAUGUUCGAUAGCGACAGUCUCGGGGGAGGGGUGGCGCCCAUUUUCACCACGCAGCCACGACAGUCCAUGACACAGCGCGGAGGAGGUGGAGGAGGAGGUGGGGUGGGAGGAGGAGGUGGAGGGGGGAGUAAGUUUGACCUGAUCGCCGGGCACCAGACCCACUGUGAGCCGGGGUUCAAAGGGCGCUCCCCGGCCUGUACGGGCACCAUCCAAGGGGGCGCCGGGAGCUCGAACUUCCUGGCCGGACAUGAGCGUUACUGCAGCGGAGGAGGGGGGGGAGGGGGGGCAGGGUCAGGCGGGGACGACGGCAACGUUCGCUCCGACACGUCGGACAUCUCCACGCACACGGUCACCUACGGCAACCUGGAGGGCAACGCCAAGCGACGCAAGCAGCAGUACCACGACAGCCUCCGGCGCCGGCCGGCCUCGGCCAAGCUGCGCCGCGAGCAGGACGCCGACACGGACUUCGGCUUCCGCCGGCGGCAGCACCACCACCACACCAUCCACCACCACCAGCACGGCGGCGGUCACCACGGGGGUCGCCACGGCCACGGCCACCACGGACGGCGGUCCGUCUCGCCGCCCCUGGAGCGCAGCGCCAGCGCCAAGGGCAACCACUCGUCCACAUCCUACCUGUACCGCGGCCAGGACAAGGAGAGCGGAGGCGGACGGGACUUCCGCGACUUCUACGUGGACCAGUUCCGUGCCAAGGAGUCCGUGUCGCCGUGGGAGCACAUGGAUCUGAACGACGGAGGCGUAGGAGAGAGAGGUGGAGUAGGAGGAGGAGGAGGAGGAGGAGGAGGAGGGGCGAACGCCAGUCUUGUGCCCGUGGAGGAUUUCCUGAAAGGUAAAAGCAAGAAGACGGAGGGGACGAAGGUUGGUGGUGGAGGAGGAGGAGGAGGAGGAGGUGGCGGAUCUUCGUCGGUCCCUCCGGGGCCUCAUGCAUGCUGGGAAAAGAGCUUGGGGGUGGGCGGCUUGGCGGGAGGUGACUGGGAGUGUCGCAACUGCCACAGCCAUAGGGAGGAGGAGGAGGAGGGAGGAGGAGGAGGUGGUGGGGGGAAGGCGAUGGUUCUGCAUGGGGUCAUGGGAGUGGGCGCAGGGUACCCAGGGAUGGGGGGAGUCGGCGGCAGCGGUGGUGGUGGGGGGGGUAGCCGACCGACCUCGGCCUCCUGCAAGCGCUGCGAGUCCUGCAAGAAGCAGCCGGGCAACCUGUACAACAUCAGCGAGGACUUCAACCAGUCGCGCCGCGCCGCCAACCAGACGGCCGCCGCCGCCGCCGCCAGUGGUGGUGGUGUCCAGCGCCGCAAGUUCGGGCCGGGCGGCAGGGUGCUGCGCCGCCAGCACUCCUACGACACCUUUGUGGAGUUGCAGAAGGAAGGGGCGGGCCGAGGGGGCAGUGGUGGUGGAUUCGGGGGCGGAUGGGGAGGAGGGGGUCGGCCCGGCCCCGCCCCUGGGUGGCCGCGGAGCCUGAAAGACAAAGAGCGCUUCCUGGAGGGCCCCAGCCCGUACACGCAGAUGUUCGAGCGCUACGCCGCCGAACGGGGCGACCGGGAGAGUGGAUCCUCCUUCCUGGGCAGGGAUCGGGGGAAGGCCGGCGGCUCGUCGUUCAGCCUGUCUGACCGAAGCCGGGCGGGAGCUGCUUCCAAGCUUCGGUCGGGGGCGCCGACCUCCCGCGAAGCCGGGAGCGGGGAGAGGGAACGAGGGCUGGGUGGUGGAUUUGGUGGUGGUGGUGGUGGUGGUGGUGCUCGAGGGUCGGGGACUUACUCCUUGUCUAAAUCUCUCUACCCAGAUAAGGUGAGCCAGAACCCCUUCAUCCCGACGUUCGGCGACGACCAGUGCCUCUUGCACGGCCACAGCCACGGCCACUCGUACUACGUGAAAAAUCCGCAGCAGCAGCCGCAGCAGCAGCAGUCGUCGCCGUCGCCGCAGCAACAGCCGCAGCCCCAGCAGGCGUUGCCCCAGCAACCGCCUCAGCCACUCCUCAACAACAGCCGCACCGACUUCCGGAGCCCCAUGGGCGUCACGUCGUACUUGCCGGCGUCCGCCGCCGCCGGGGUCCUGUCCAACAUGGGCCCUGGCGGCCGCUACCCCAAGGACAUGUGCUUGGGGGGCCCCAUGGGGAACCACCAGGUCGGGGUGGUGUCGGCGGGCAACAACAAACUGCUGUCGGGCGAGGGGACGCUGGCGUGGGCAGGGGGCAGCGGGGGCGCUUCUUGGCUCCACCAACGUCACGCGGUAAUGGUGAAGCUGUCCAGCAUCGAGUCGGACGUCUGA